AAAAUUCAAAAUUUUUAAAUUUUCCCUCUUGACGCUUGUCAAAAGUGACAAAAAAAAAAGAAAUAAAAUUUCUAAACAACACAAAAAACGGUGAGAUUUUCAAUUAAGCAAACUAUUAAUUUUCUUUGAUAUAACCAACGAUUGCACGUCACGUCAAUGGCUGCGAUUAUCAAACGUGUCAUUCCCACAUUGGAUCGGAUUUUGGUGCGACGCGCCGAGGCCGCGAAUGUCACCAAAGGUGGCAUUGUGCUCACCGAGAAGGGUGUGGAGCGCAUGGUGGAAGGUACCGUUGUGGCAGUUGGGCCUGGGUCGCGCAAUCCGCAAAGUGGAAAUUACAUACCGAUUGGUGUGAAGGCGGGCGAUCGCGUGCUGUUGCCCAAGUACGGUGGCACACGGGUCGAGAUGGAAGAUAAAAAGGAGUAUGUGUUGUAUCGAGAGGCGGAUAUAUUGGCGAAAUUGGAGUAGUUAAUGUGUAUAACGGGGUAGCGGCAGAGGAUAUCUGUGAAAUUGUUCAAUUUAUUUUGAAUUGUAGAUUGCAAUAAAUUUGUUUGUUUCUUCAAAUUGAAAGUGCAAGU